CUGCAGGCAGAAAUAAGGCAGCUCGAGGAUUUUAAACCGUUAUUUCCAGGGUAAGAAAACGAUUUAACUGAUAACGGUGGAUAAAUUCUCCGUCAGCGUACUUUUGCACCCCUCUUAUAAUAUUUAAGGUCUUUGCACCCCUGCACAACAAAUAUUUAUAGGUCGUUGGACCCGGCGCGGUUCAACCUUCUAAAGGUGACGCAACAGGAAACGUAUUUUGGCGAGAAAAGGCGGAAAGGACCCGACUUCGAGUUGCCCAAUUUGCCGCUCUGCCAUUGGUCAAGCCAGUUGUUUGAUUUGCGAGCGCCGUUGUCAACCGACGUUCCCGUUCUGUUUCUAAAUCAGCCUAUUGACAAAUGGUACACCGCACCUUUCACAUUCCUAGAUUAGAACUUUGCAUCUCUUUCAACUGCUGUAUUUGAAGUAUCUUUAAAAUGUGAAUAUAUCACGACUUUUUGACAUCCGUGAAAUGCAUCUGUUAGUCCUUUUGGGCCUUUUUACAAACCUUGAGGACAGAUUUCCCUACCCUUUCAUAUACUUCAACUAGUCAAAUCCCUACCCUUUCAUAUACCUGAAGCCUGAAAAAGGUACCCCUUUCGGACGGAGCCCCCUCAUAUAAGCAAUUAUAGGGAGUACCCCCGGUUUUUGGCAACCACCAAUGCAAAUAGUUAGACACUACCACAUAAGAUCAACCUGAGCCGGUCACCAAGCGUAUCUGGUUUAUGUGUACUCCCUUUUUCUACCUUUCUUUCUUUUGUUCUAAAUUCUCCCUUUUUUCAACAUGAAAAAUUCCUAUCGAUAAUUGUGCACCUUUACUUAAUAAUUGUCCCAUCAAAGAGAAUCCGGAUUCCAGAAUCCAAAAAAAAAUUGCUUCUUGAAUCCGGAAUCCCGGGGUUUGGAAUCCGAAAUAUAGCUCAGGUAAUCAGGAAUCCUACUAAAGAUUGCAAUCCAGAAUCCAAAGACUGGAAUCCAUUGAAUUCGAUCCUUUGACAAAGACUGGAAUCCUUGAAUCCGGAAUCCACGGUGUGGGCUCCAGAAUCCAAGAUUUCCUUACUGGGAUAACCAUACCGUUAUUUAUCCUCUAGCCUGACAUUUAACAGUGCAAUGGCUUUUUACAUCCAAGAAGAUAACUACGCAGUGAUGUCAUUAGCUGUCGAGUGGCAAGGACCUUCCUUCCUGGAGUUGACAUCAUUUGAAAAACUUUCAGAGGCAAAUGCCGCCGAACAUAUCGGAGAAAAUCUAUUGCACCGCAGAAUUGAGGUUUGUUAAUUGUAAAUUAUCAACUGAAAAAAAAAAUUCAUCAACAACAACAACCUAGCAACAGUGAUCGGGUGAUCACUUCUGUCAAUAGUAACCGUAUUAAAGGAAAGGGGUGAACAAUUAACCUUGUCAAUUUUAAGUUAAAGUAAACCGUUAGUGAAAUUUUGCAAAUAUCAUUUACGACAUUUUAGUCGGUUACCACGAUUUUCCAGGAUAAAUGACGGCGGCGUUUGUGUAUCGUUGUUGUUGACCCAGAACAAGGAUCCAAGUGUCAAGUUGAUGUCUCAGAGAAAAUAAAGAAUUGGCCAAAGCCAGGGUCAGGGCACGAUAUUUUUUACUUAUGCCGAAAAUAAAAGUCGUGUUGAUUCUCCUACAAUUCUGCUUGCAGAAUUUUUUUGAGAUUUUUGCUGAUCAGGUCUUUAUUACGUUCUUUUAUACGUUUGGGUAAUUUGAGUCAUUACCAUAACAACAACAUUUGACCAUUUAUUCCCCAUUACUUUUUGUCAGUUUGGAAGUUUUAACGUAACGAAACACGCCCCUGUGAGGUUCACCUUGCUUAUCGAUCCAAGGAAUGAAACAAAGAAUGGACGAUCAUACAACGUAACAACGUGGUUUCGCUUGAAUUACAGUUUGGUUGGAAAAGAGUGUGCAGAACAAGAAGAACAGUAUUUUCCAUUAACUUUUACUUUUUACAGUCCAGGUAACGAAUAAAGUAGUGUAGUAUUUCAGAACUAAAUGUUUUUACACAGCUCCGUUUUCUGCAUUUAAAGAGCACAACCUCGUUCCCAGGGUUCUUUUUGACCUCUUGCUUCGAGAGGGAGAACUUUGGGAACGAGUUUGAAUAGUGCUGUGUACUGCAAGUGUGCGUCAUCGCACGCGCUGUUAAAGGGUAGCGGUACCUCAAUAUGUUAGGUAAUGCUUUAGUUGUUCGCAUUUAAGACGUAAGAGACUCGCAAAUCAGCGGAUGUAUUUGGGUGAACACCACCAGCGAUAUAACCAUAGUCAUGCAGGGCAUUCGUGUCACUUAUUUUGUAGUGGCAGCGCCAAUAAAACCUGCAUAAUCAUAAAGACGCUUAUGAUCCUUUUGGUUUUUCAAACAAAAGAAAGUGUGGCGUGUGUUUAAAGGUUCAAACGCAAAUGUUUUGCGUUUGUCAAAUUUUAUGUUGUUACCGUUUCAGCUUGCGACAUGUUCGGUCCAUUUCGUACGAGCGUACUGAAAGAAAGUGAUAUUACAUCUUCUUAUGUGGCUCGACCAAAGCAUGAUUUAGUUGGGACUUCUCCUUUCAAUGCGAGGCUGGGAGAAGAUGACACUUUCUGGAGAUCGAAUAGGAAAAGUCGAGAUGAAUUCAUCUCCAUGGAGUUUAAUAAAAAAGUGCAAUUUGAAAUGGUAAGUAAGUUUCUCAUCUACGCAGUUGCUACCUUGUAGGAUUUUUCCGAAAGAAUCUUGGAAAGGUGAUUCCGCGGAGCAAGGUUCUGCUUAAAUAAAUUAAAUAGCACAUGAUCUCGUCGAAGCAGCAGGGGCACCCAACGAGGAUAUAGUUCAAAACCACUUAACAUAACAUUGUUGAACGUAUUUUAGUAUUUAAAUGUUAGAAAUGGUUAAACAGAUGAAAAACUUUUCAUCUGUUCGAUUUCCUUAUAUGAAAACUAUUUGAUAAAUAAAAACGUUAGGAAGGAAAAGGUACCUUUUCGAAAAUUUCAGCCAGGAAAAUGAAAAUUCUAGGUGGCCUUUUUUUGUAAAAAUCCGUUAAAAAUGGGUAAUUAUUCCAUUUUGUAGAUGUUGAAAAUUGAGAGGCUUUUAAUCAAAAAUUUUACAACAAAUCCGAAAAUCAGGUCUCAAAUCGUCUUCCGAACAAUAUUUUCCACAAAGGAGCCGUUUUUCCCCAAAACAGUCUAGCAAAAAGUUUUGAUUUUAAGGUGGCAACAGGGGUGGCAACUACCAUUAAACAGGUUAAACAGAUGAAAAAGUCCGGGGACCAAGCGAUUUCCUUAAAUUAAAUUAUUUACAAUAAAUAAAAACUUUCUUCAGGAAGAGGUCGGUCACGAUGUUAACUAAAUAAUUACAAAUAAUUCUUUUUCUUUUUCUUUUUUUUGGCAACAUGGUAUAGCUGGCUGUCAAAGGAUCGGAGGAGAGAAGAGUCACAUCGCUGUACGUCUAUACAAGCGAUGAUGAAAUACACUGGAAAAUGUAUCAUCAUCGGGCAUUAAACGAAAUGGUAUGUAUUAGGCAAUCAGUCUAUUCAUUUGAAAUGUUUGAUAAUGGCUCAGAAGAGAAGAAAGGGUUGGGGUGGGGGUUGAGUAAGGGGAUAAAAAUGUGUAUAACAUCAACACUAUCAUCACCAUAACUACCACUGUUAUCUUUACCUUAAUCAUUGCCACCUCCAUAAUCGUCAUCACCAACAUCUUUUUUUUUUAAAUUUAUUUAUCUACAAAAUAAUAAUAAUAAUAAUAGUAAUAAUGAUAAUUACAAAUACGUCAUCAUCAACAUCACCACCACAACCAUAGUCAACAUAAUCAUCAUCAUCAUCAUCAUUAUCAUUCUUAUCAUCACCACUAUCAUUACUACUACAACUAUCGUCAUCAUCAUCUUUAUUAUCUUCCCUGUUAUUAUCUUCAUAUAUAUUUUGCACGAUGAUCAUCACUUUCAUCAUCAUCAGAAUACAUGAUCUCUGCUCAUUAGGAGCUUAAGAAGGGGUAGAGGCUCCGAUUCCAUGCUUCUGUCAAAAUCAAAGUUCAUAGUUGUUAAUCUUAAUUUUUGGUUAUUUUAGGAAUUCCGCAUAUCCUACGACUGGACUUUUAUUACCCCAAUUGUUUUCAACCCUCCAAUCAGGACACGAUUUGUCAAAUUAAAAUUACAUUCUUGGUCAAAAGAAAAGUUCCUUCAGUUUGAAAGUUAUGGCUGCGUGGUAGAGAAUGCCACAACAAUACAUCCACUUGGUAAGCUCACAGUAGGACUCAAAUGAUUCGAACUCGGAUAACUCGAUCGAACUCCCCGCUAACUCGAACAAUUCUCAUUUCCCUUGAAUUUGACCUCCUUUUCAGUCACUUUUAUCCGGAUUACUUGAAUUGCUAACUCAAACUAAAACGUUUUGAAUAAAAUGGUACCUCGAUAACUGGUUCUGGUUCCUACAAGUCCAUGAAUGUGGACCCGUCAAACUUGGGAAUCGGUAAAACCACUAAAACUAUCCUAAAGCAAUUCCCUUUUUCCCUUUCAAAGAACAGUUAAAUAAAAUGGCAGUAAUGAGCUGGUAACUUUACAGUGUGGACACUCAAACCGGGACCCUUGGAAGAAGGAAUCACAACGUUUUCUGAAAAUAAAAGAUUCUUAAGUUGAUGUUGUUGUUUUCCCUUUUUAAUUUGAGGGCUGCUUUCUGAGAGGUCGGGUAAGUUCAAACUGUUUUAAAGUUUUCAACGGUUUGCAUAGUUGAACCUUGAAUAUUAUUUUAUUGCUUUUGAGAAAACGUUGUGAUAGACCAUUUUCGAUAUAUCAAAAUUCAUACUUGGCUCCGAGACUUGGCGGAAUAAAACAAAAAAAAAAUUUCUUUUGUCUUAUUCAUUGCACCUGAUGAAUUUUAAAGAUGAAUUUCUUUUGUUUUCUUCCCCAAGUGUCCAGGCACUGUAAGGCCUGGUGAAUAAAUGAUAAACAAAUUUUCGGGGUGAGCUUUAUUUGUUUCUGUAGUGGAAAAUACAGUAGCCUGCAUAGCAAACGUUUCGUUUUUUUCAAGUGUCCAGGCACGGAUUUAAGGUUUUGAUGAAUAAAUGAAAAAUAAAUUUUCUUUGACUCUUGUUCCUCGUUCUUUACUCCUAAACCGUACAGAAACGCUUGCUACGCAGGCUAAAAAUACAGAAGAACCCCGUUAACUCGAACUCUGAGGGGAAACGAAAAACAGUUCGAGUUAGCACGGUCGUCGAUUGAAUCUUCAAUAUUCCAUGUUAAUAUUGAUAGUUAACUGAUAUUUCAUCACAUCAAUAUACAGCAGAGUGCAUCCUAUCAGAAACUGUAACACGAUUACUCAUUUUUAUGAUUAAACAGGGAAACGUAAUGGGAAACUUUUAUAGAUGAAGAUAUUGAAUAAAGAUGUAGACGGAGAUGUAGAUCAGUGUCAAAUACGUGGAUCUAUUUUGCCCUCUUUCUUUCAGACUAUGGCCACCCUCUAGGGACUGAGUCAGGGGACAUUUUGGACAGUCAGUUUUCGUCUUCCGCGUCAUCUCUUCCUUCUUUUCAACCCUUCAAAGCGAGGCUUAACUCUGUCUCCGCCUGGUGCAUGGAUGAAAGAAGCUUGUCUGAGUACUUACAAAUUGAUCUUUUGGCGCCACACUUGAUACAACAGGUACUUUGAAAUUCAAAAUGUUUUUUGCCACAAUUUUGUGUAAUUUACUUCCCUGAUGUUUACGUAAAUAAUUUUUAUCUAGGGAAAAAAAUGCACCGCAGUUAAUGCACAGAAUAUACUUAACUGAAUUUAAAUAGUCACUGCCAUUUGCCUUGCAAAAGGGGAUCGGGAAAAACGGAGAUCUUAUCCUCUGUUUUCAAAGCAAUAAAUAAAUAAAUAAACAGGUGCCCACACGUAGCAUAUGCAAGUCGUUUUCACCCGUCCACUCGAAAUUGCCAAAAUGCAAAUAUGAUGGCGUCCCUUAUAGACAGAGCAUGCGCUAUGAUGUAUGACAUCAUCGUAUUCGAAAAUCCCCGUUUUCGUCCGUCCACGUAAUCCGGCGUUUUCAAAAAAACUCCACUGUAAAAGGCCUUGCUAAAACGGACGACUACAAUGAUGAGCGAGAUUGAAACGUUCAGUAAUAACGCAUAAAGGACGCCACGCUAUGUGGAGCAUUGUAUCUGGUUCCCUUUUCUCCGUUUUCUUUAAAUUGCCUCGUUCCUAUAAGAAGUUCUCUCCACCCAGGUGGUUCUGAGGCAUAAAAGACCAAAUAGGUAUAGGUAGGCAUAGAUAUAGGGUGCUUGAUAUCUAAACCGACGAACUUCUGUCACUCCUGGAAAAUUUGUUUGAGGGUGUGCGGCUUAUGUUCGGUAACCCCUACCUUGAGACCAAAAUGACGAGAUCGGGUGGUUUUCCGUACAAUAUUUCAGAGGUUUGUUUAUACUGGCUGUAUUAUAGUCAACAAAGUAGAAUUUUGUUUGAUUGGUCAGUCUCACCUGUAAUUUCACCAGUUAAUCUUUUGAAAGCGAUUCCAAGCGCGGGAAGGUGAUAGAAAUCUUACGAUGCGUCGGUAAAAAGUUUCUCUUUUUGUUUACUCUCUUGUGCGCGUUAAGGAGAAUGGACACUAAAGAAUCAAUCAGCCAAUCAGACAAAAGUCUCCUUUGUUAUUAGAGUUAGGUAACCACUCCAAGAAGAAGAGACUUACAACAAGAAUAUUUUCCCUUCUUAGGUGGCAACACAAAGUGAGUACUGUGACGGAAGCAAGGAAAAUUUUCGUGGUGUGACGUCAUAUUAUUUACAAUACAGCGUAACAGAGAGCGAUUUUGUUGACUACAGACAAAAUGGCGAUAGAAAGGUGUGAAUCAAUUUUACAACGAAAAUGUAAUAUAAUGUCGCAGAUGAGAGAGAAAGAGCAGUCUUUACAUUUUAUAUGAACAGUAAGCUCCGAUCUCAGUAUGCAAUGGCGCCACUGAUUGCCGCGCGAUCGGUCUAUUUAUGAGCUUACCGUAGGUGUGUGAUAGCGAAGAUAAUAACAGAGGUAGAGGCAGACCAUACAGGGGCGAAGCUACCUUUAAGCCAUUAAGCCCGGGCUUAACAAAUGUUAUCGCAUAUUAAUGUUGACAGGGCGCGUAUUUUUAGCGUCUCUCCCCAGUUUCGCUCUCCGUUUUCAGCCUCGUUCCAGACCUUUUGUUUGACUGCUCUCGCGCAUUUGGAUACGCAAAAAUACGGACUGUUUCGCAGUCUAGGCGUGAAAAUGACCCUAUCGAAACACAAUACUCGGUAUAGGCACCAAUUUCCGUCGCGGUGAUGGACAUGCGAAACUGGCACAUAAAGUCCAGUGCAAAAGGGACGCAACAUUGUUGGAUGUUACUUUUUGCGUCUGUUUGCACACCCUGUUGCUCGUUGCUGCAUGCUGUUGGGAGUUGUUGCGAAGAUAUUAUAACCGGUCAAAGGUUUGGUUACGUGCGAACGGGUCUCCCAACAUUGUUGGCCCAACAAUGUUGGGAAUUGUUGCGUCGGCUUAUAAAACGGUCAUAUUUAUUCGUCCCAAGCGCUGACUAUGACAGUUUACCCAGCUUUAUCUGAAGCGACAUUUUUCAGCAAAAAUGAACUGUGCUUACUUCUAUGUUACCCCUUUCCCCCUUCCCACCCGACUGGGACUUUUACAAUUAGGACUUUGGAGGAAAAAUGGCUGGCUACGCCCCUGUCACCGGGGAAACCUUUCCUCACUCUUUUUGAAUAGUAGUGUCAGUUCUUUCACGUAAUAUAUCAAACAUGAGACGCCGUGUUUCAGCACCAGAUGAAACACCGAGAAGAGAGUUGAAAAUACCACGCGCAGCGGAAACCGAGGUGUUUCAUCUGGUGAUCACUGUGUCGAAUGUUUGAUAUUUUUUCAAACAAAAUAGUAGAUGUCAGUUUUUCAUCCAAUAUCCAAACACUCAUUAAACAUUAAUUUCCUUUGAAUUUUCUUUAUGAAUUAUUAAUGAGUUUGAGAAGUACCAUUCAUGUUCAUUAACUAGGGGUACCUUUCGGCAAGUGCCAACGAGCGAACUUGUUUAUCUUUUGUGGAAUGCGCCUAUCCAGAUCUUCGCCAUUUGUUGCAUAAUUUUAGAGGUUUAUAAUGGAUUCCGCUACAGAAAAGGACUGCACUCAACUUUAGGAUGGUACAUCAUCUAGGCUUUCAAUUCUGUCAAAAAAUGACAACUUGGCUCGAAGCUUUGUUGGUAAAUUGGAGGAAGUUAGCACUUAUAUUUUAUGGAAAUCAGUGUAGUUCAAAACUAUAAAAUUUAAAAAGUAAACUAUAGUUCAAGUGGGGCCUUUGACUGCUAAAAUUAAAAAUAAAAUUUAAAUUCCGAGCUUUCGCCGAUCAAUGGCAUCAUUAGGGAUAAGAAAAAUAUUCCACAUGGUAAUAUACAUGUGAAAAAAUUGGUGUAUAAGCAAAAUGUGUGAAAAGCGCAAGAAUGGGGCGGAAUUAUAUCAGAGGUAAAAAAAAAUAUAGACUUGAAUAAAAUACAAAGAUCUAAUGGCGAGUGCCACAGGACAAAGAGUUUCUCGAAAGGCAAAAUGAUUCGUAAUGAUGGUCUAUAAAACAAAAGGUCCGCAAAUUCGUUGCAUUCCUCAGCGGCUGUCUUCAGUGUAAAUAGAGGUGCAAAAGGACACGCUGGUUGACAAAAAUCUCUCCAAAUGCAAAAAUAACUUCUAAAACACAAAAGGUCCUCAAAUGCGUUGCAUUCCUCAUGGGAGGCGAGGACCGGCUCAAUGUAAAUCGAACGAAGAACACGCUGGUUCGGAUAAACGUUUUGAGAAUACAACCCUAUUGCUUGAUUACCUACCGCAUGAAAUUCAAUUUACAAACUAGACAAAUAUAACACUGAAAACCCUGGUUCUGAGUCGAGAAGCAAACACGCUACCUCAAUGUAAAUCGAGCUGCGAAGAACAAGCUGGUUCUGACAAAAAUUGGAGCGUAAAACCCUAUUCCUUGAUGAGCUGCUGCUUUAAACGCAAUUUAUAAAGCAAACCAGAGCACUAAUAGCCCUUUCAAAUCUAGAAAUCGUAUUAAAGAUUGCUCACCUGUUAGGGCCUCUUGAACAGAACACGGGAUCACCCAAUUUCCAACCACGAGUUGUAAAUACAAGAUCAUGACACAACUGCCCAAAUAUGGGGUCUUACUUACAACCAAAUAUGGUCAAAAAAGCAAAUUUUAGGGGGUUACGCAGAAAUUGAGAGAUUUUUCCUACUUUACGCAGGAUUAUGAAACUGCCGCCGAGGAAACCUCGCUUCCUAGCUCGGUUGCCUCGUUAGCAAUGAAUGGAGCAUGAAGUUGACAAGAGGGAAAUGUUUUUGAGCGAAGCGCUCCGACUGUAGAGGUCCAAUGUCUUUACUCUUAUAGACACGAUUUCCCAAGAUUAAUUCAACACUGAAACAUUUUGCUUAAAGAUGAAACUUACUGAAAAACCCUGCAGGUGCUCUUCUUGUCCAUCAGGUUUUGGAUUUGAUAAUUUUCAGCAAAUUAUCGAUUGAAAAAAAACUUGGAAGCUGGAUACUAAAAGCAAGCUCUUGUCUUGCAGGUUUUCCUCGGAAAUAUCGUAGAAAACGUAGCAGUGAAGCAGAAGUUACUCAAACCAUUCUCCGCUCGAUUUGUUCGGUUUUUCGCCAAGACGUUCAUCGACCGCAUUUGCCUAAGAGUGGAACUGUAUGGUCGUCAAAUCAAUCAAUCAAGCAACCACCCAGGUAAUGAUUAACAAUUAUUUCACGAGUGCGCGUUGGAUAUGAGUUGGCUAUAAUCUUCUCAUAUCCAACAAGCGCGAGUGGAAUAAUUGUUUUAUUUAAAACGCCCACAAAUAUCAAAGAAUUCUUCCCGACUUUAUUUGCGAAAACAACCGAUUUUCAGCUUGUUUGUAAUUUCGAGCAAACGCGUACAGUUACCAUUUUUGGAGAGCAUGGUUUAACGGCCUAUAUAUCAUAAUGGCUAAGCCAAUCAGAGCUCUAGAAUUGCAUUAUCCAAUGAUUGUUUUUAAUUAAAUUGAAUAGAUGUCACCUUUCUUGCGGGGAAGGGAAUUGGCAGAUACUAUUCCGCCUUUAAAUAACAGAAAAAACGAGCAAGAGUGUUUUAUUAAUAUGAAAACACAAUGAGUAGCCGAGUGGUUUUUAAAGACCUUUGAACGGCUAAAAAAAUCAAUUCUGUGCAGAGAACGAUUCUUCAUAAAGGCUUUUUCGAAAUGAUCCAGAAAGUGCUGUUAAUUUCGUACAAGGUGAAUUGAGCAUACCCUAAGACUUGAAAAGCUGAAGUUUCUUCUGUUAUAGCAGGGCGGCGCUCUCAUUGACUUUUUUAAGGUCACGUAAUAUCAAACUCGGCUUCCUCCAGAAAUAUAAUAGGCAGAAUUUUCAAUUGCAGUCAUUUGGCGUUACGUGUGACAUUUUUCAUGUUUUCUCUAUAGAUUUUCCACCCGUGUUAAAACGGAGUUACCUUGUGGAGCCAGUGUCUGGUUUGGUGUUUGUCUGUAACGCAAAUCAACUUCCGUAAGUGAUUGCUUUAAGUUUUUGCGUGCACUGACUGUUUUUAAGCAGAUAUACCUCAAUAGCAAAUAAUAAGACAAAGCAGAUUCAGGAACAUGAAGGUACAACAACCUCGUGAACAACAAAAUUAGCAACAUAAGAAAUACAAAAUACAAAGCCUGCCAUUUUGAAUCAUCAGUUAGACCAACUUAUCACGAAUUCAAAAACGACAGGAAAAUGAAAGAAUCAAAACAACACUAAGAACCGGAGACAAUAAGUCUUAAAUUAAAUAAUAACUCACUUUAUUAUAUAAACUGCAGUGUUUUACAAGGAUUUCUACCACCGAGAAAUGUGGUAUCUGAACACACCGAACAAGAUACCGGACAUUUUUAAUAUUUGUAUUUAUUUUUUACUGUACUUUGUAGAGCUAUCGGGUUCUCGACAUGGUUUUGGUUUAUGGAAUGGCUGAUUCUUGUUUAUAUAAUAAACAGAAUAAUACAUGGACGCUUGGAGAUAUGGAAUUUAUCUUCUCGUGUUCACAUUCGAUAUCUCACUCGUUCGCUGCGCUCAGUCGUUCGAUAUCGAUGUGAACACUCUAAGAUAAAUUCCAUAUCUCCGCGCGACCAUGUAUUAUUCUCUAUUUCUUUCUCAGACCCGUUUCUUCAAGAAGCUAUUGCUAUCAUGCCACGCGACAUCACGAUAUCACACGGUGGACCGGUCAGUAAAAGUCGGUUAAACCUAGCCUAGUCCUUAGGCGUUCUCUCUUGAUCCGUUGGCCGCACAAACUCUGGGAAAGGGCGGGCGAGUCCCUUUCGGUGACGUCACAGCUCACGGUAGAGUCCAGGAUUGACCGAGCCGAAAACGCCUAGGGACUAGGCUGGGUUAAACCUUAUUUUCAAUUUGUUAUAAGUUCUCUCUGGGCAGCUAAUUCAAAUAGCAGAGUUAAAGGACAUCAUGAGUCGUUACUUUCUUAGCUGGAUGAAAAACUUCCUAUGUUGUUUUCUUAACUCGACUUCAUCUGCAUUUUGUUUGAAAAGAGAUAUCAAUCCAUAGGUAGAGUUUAUCAAUAAAAAAUAACGAAGUGAAGGAUUCUGUUAACUGUAAUAAAUUGACGUCACUAUGCAAUUGUCUUUUUACCAUAACAUUUUGCCUAUAGUUUUGCAUUUCUUCAGCAACUAUUAAGAGACACUUGAUCGAACACUCGACACAGCGUUUCAUCCGAUAUCCGGGAAAUCGGUCUUACGAAUAAAGAAAGUUGGCUGAACCGCGUUUGAUAUUUGAAUUUAUCACAUCAAUAAACAUGCCUUAAUUUAUGCAGGGUAAAAAAGUAAUACUUUUAUCUGGGCCUUGCUAGCCUGCGAGCAAGCUCUCCUUUUGGAUCGGAGUAGUCGCGGGAGGGCGUAGCAAAAAUGAAGGAAAAAAUAAAAUAAUAAGAAUACUACUAAUAAUAAAAACAAUAACAACAAUAUCGAUGAUGAUAAUGAGAAUGAUGAUGAUAAUAAUAAUAAUAUAGAAAUAAUGGCAUUCUUAUACUAUUACGAAUUAAAUACAAAUUAGUUUUAAAUUAAUAUUAUUUAAUCUAUGAUUGAAUUUCUGUACAAUUAAUCUGCUACAUUUUGCACUUUUGACAUCUCUUUUCCAGUUCUUCUUUCAGUGACAAAACACUGCAUUUAUAUUGUUUGAUAAAUCAGAAAUAUUCGUCUUUUAUUCACUUCCUAUGUAACUAACUCCUGACACUUAGAGACGGUAAUGUAAAUUGGUAUGCUAAUGAUUCUUUAGGACUAGGAUUCCGAAUGCUGAGCAUGCUCGGAUACGACAGUAGGAAAAGAACACUCUAUGGAGUAGCAGGAAACAGGAGGGCCUAUAUGAAGUACAAUAUGGAUGACAGCAGGGGAGUUAUCGGUGUGCCAGAGGUGGAAUGGCUCCAAGUAAGAGACCUGGACUCCACAAUACUUGCAACUGAAAUUCCUUUCAUACCAGAGACAGAUUUCAGUAACACCCGGCAACCUAACGAAUGUCUGGAAACACAAGACGCCAACGGAAAUUCAUGGGGAGGUAAGUAACAAAUUCUAAAUAAUUAAGAGAUUUAAAAUCAGUCUUGUAGUAGGCUCGCUUUCCGUCGCUUUCUUGGGACCGAUCUUGUUUUUCCCCGAGAACAGACUUCUUUCGGGAAGAAGCGCGGGCUCAUUUCUCGAAUAGCCGCUGGUCAUCUAGCCUGCCUUUACGGCAAUUGGCAAACGUCAAUUUUUACUACGUGACCAUAUUUUUUUCUUUUACUUGCCGUUUAGUGUUCAUUGCGUACGUAUUACUAGUUUCAUAUCCGGCUUAUUCAUGCAAAUUUAAUUGCACAGUUUUUAUCUUUUCAUUUUCUAAUUUGAGAAACUAUGAACUUGAAGAAGACUUUUGCUGUCUGUCGUAAGCGUGAUUCUGAGUCCCUCAAACGAUAAAAUGACAAGACGUAAAAAACAACAAAUAGUUGUGGAAUGGUACUCUGUUGCGAGGAACUAAGUAACCAAAAAAAACAGGGGAAGGAUAACUAGACCUAACUAGACCUCAAGCACUAACGGUAAUCGGUCUGUUGUUGUGCGGUUUCGCUUGUGUUUCCGCCUGAUGUUCAAAUCUAUAUUCCCGAAAUGUCUCAGACGUUUAUGAUUUUCUUACAGAACUGUAGCAUCUACUCGUUCGUAAUGAGUCUCCUCAGGGACGCAGAAAAUAAUAACACAACAUUGUUUAUCUUCAUUUCCAUUGUUUUACGGUUAGGAUAGCAAAUCAAUUGGCUUUUAGUUUGGCAGGCUUCCCAAUCGAUAGAAAAUUAAAAUCCUUCUGCGUCGCGUGCAUUAAUUGACAGAUUCAGACACGAAACCCUUUUCUUUUUUCCUUGGAAUUCUCUUUCAAUUAAGGAAUGCAAACAAACCGACAUUCCCAAUUCGCGAGCGCACUGUAAUCUGCGUUGUGGCAUAACGCACCACGAACAGAAAUCAACGAAAAUAUUCCUCUAUCCUCAUUACUAACUUACCAAAUCCACUUUCUUUUCAUAUCUCUUGAAGGAAACAUCUCCACUAUUUCCUAAUAUCCUCCAAUUCUCAUGAAAUUACCAUCAAAAUUAUUUUACGUGGGUCAUUCAUCUAAUGGACAAUAAGGAGCUUAAGCAAUGACAACGGCGAAAAAGCAAUAGGUUUAGAAGUAAUAUAUCAAACAUGAGAUGCAGUGUUUCAUCACCAGAUGAAACACUGAGAAGAGAGUUGAAAUUUACGACGCGCAGCGGAGUAUUUUUGACGAACUUCGAGGUGUUUCAUCUGGUGAUGAAACACUGUGUCGAAUGUUUGAUAUUUCUUCUCAAACAAAAUCAUUUUUGAAGGAGAAAUUAAGGAUGCAAAUACUAAGCAGUGUUUCAUCCGAUUUCCAAACACUCAUUAAACAUUAAUUUCCUUUGUAUUUUCUUAAUGAAUUAUUAAUGAGUUUGAGAAUGGCAAAUCAACAACACUCUCUUUUGUACAUUUCUUUGCAGUCACUGCACGACUACGACGUGAAGCUUCCUAGUUUCACCUUUUAUGGAGGACGUGAACACAAGACAAAAAUUUUCAGUUUGUUUUUUUUAACUUAAAUACACUCCUUCAGAAUUAACUCCAGAAAAAUUCUCCAACGCUUGACAAAUUGAAUGAAAUGGAAUAAGAAUAAUAAAGUUUGAAACAACGCGAAUUCACUUUUCAAGUGAGGUUUUCACUGCCGUUGCCGCCGUGGUUGCUUAAGCUCCCUAACAGGGACCUUAAGAUCCGAAGACGGCGAAGGCAGAGCAAAUGUCGCUGAAAAAGUGAAUUCGUGUUCUUUCAAUCUUCAUCGCGGUUUCUCCAAGUCUCUAACUUUGUCAAAUGUAGGCGAACCCUUCUAAAGUUGAAUUUCUAAGAACCAUUUCCAAGUUCAGAAAGAGAGAGGAAAUUUCGUCGUCGCUUGUGUAUUUCCUCUGUACAUCGUGAAAUUAGGCAUUUUCACGUCGUAGUCGUGCAGUGACGGCAAAGAAAUGUACAAAAAAGCGUGAUGCACGUGCAAAAUUGUUGUUUUGCUAAUUAAACCAAUUGCUUUUGUAGCGUUCCCGUUGCCGUCACCGUCGUCGGAUCUUAUGGUCCGUAAUGUAAGUCAUGCGACAGCAUUUUUUUUCAGUUCUCUUUCUGAUUAAUACGUGAGUGGGUCUUUUUCUUUUUCUACAGUUAGUGCGAGAGGAUUACAUUUCAACGACAACCUCAUCGCCACCUGGAACAGCCCGGGUAAAUUAUAUUUAUGUAUGGUCACAUAAGCCGCAAAACUUUCCUCUUUCGUGUGACGUCGCGUAUUAAUCCUUGUUAUAGUUUUCCACAUUAUUUUAAGGGGAACAUAGUAUUCUAAAUCGUGUGAGUGUAAAAUGACGUAUAAUUUGCUAGUUUGGUUAUCUGUUCGCCGAAAGGUGCAUGAUCUGAGAUGUCUCGAACAUGACUUUCCAAAUGGCGGAUGUUUAGCCUAACGUGACGUCAUAGUAGUUAAAAUGAUCAACUUACACACACAUAAGCUACACCUGAGUUGACCUUUAUAUUAAUGUAAAUAACCCAAAAAUAUGUCAAAUAUUCUUGCAGAAUAUAAAUCAUAUUGUUAUUGCAAGUGUGACUCAGUCUUGGUGACAUUUUCCAUGGGGCGAUAGUAAAACAUCCGCUUAAUCAAAUUGUUAAUGGUGUGACAAGAUCGCCGAUGUUUAACAUCAUGAUUUUUAAAUUUCUCAUCAGACGUCGUCAUUGUAAAAUCUCGGAAGGCUACUUUGGCAUUUAAAAACGUUUCUAGCGUGAAAGAAACAAUCUGUUUAGUUUCGGGAAGUGUCGUCAACAAAUGAAUUAAUUUCAAAUAAGUAGCACUUUGAAAUGAAAGAGAUAAGGGAAAAUUGUAUCUUCGCUUUACUUUAACUGUAGCUUAAUUACAAUAUAUUUUGAACUCUAUUUUGAACUACCUAAAUUCGAAACUGUUUGAUAUGGUAAACACUCUGUAAAAUGGGGGGCCUCUCAUUUGGUCCAAGCUACCCAGAAAUCUAAGAACUGCCGAAAGUCUUAAUUCAUUCAAGCGAAAUAUUAGGAAAGUCGACUUAUCCGGACUCGUGAUCUGAUACCUACAUAUCCCCGGAAUAGUCCUUAUCCGACUGUAGAAAAGAAUUGUGUAUGUAAUACGUUUUAAUAAUUUUAGUGUUACCAAGAUUUCAAGAAUCUAUAUACUCAAUUUCUUUUUUUGUUUAAUUAUGGAUACUUAUUGUCAGUAUUGUCUACGUAGAUAGUCUGUGUCCCUCAUUAGCUUCUGGCUAAAUACUUUGACAAGUGAAUAAAUCUUUCAUUCGUUCAUUCCUGUAACUUUGUGCUAGAUGAAGACCAGUGCCAUAAUAAUAUGUGUCAAAACGGUGCUACCUGUAACGGUCAUCACAAGGGAUAUACGUGCUCAUGUCGUUUUGGCUUCAGAGGAGAAAGAUGCGAAGAAGGUUUGCAUAAGAUCAUGAUAAUGAUAAUAAUAAUGACAUUGGUGAUAAAAAUACAUGAGUUGUCGUCGAACCUCUCCAAGAUAGUGCAGGUUCAAGUAAACUGAGACCUCAUGAUGCUCUGAGGUGACCACAGUUGCGGAAGCGGGUUCAAGAUCCAGUUCUAGAUUGGGUUCUGUGAAUGCAUUUUGACAAAGAAAUGGAAUUUUUUUUGUAAAAGGAAAGUCCAAUUCGGCUCAGUAUGAUGGCUUAAAUGGACACCUUUGUAAUGAUGGCCGUUGGUAGAGGUUCCAUUGUUAGUAUUUUUUGGCAAGUUUUUAAUUUAUUUACCCCUAUUAUUUUUUCUUUCUUCACUGUAAACAGAAAUUGAUCCGUGUUUAGAAUCUGAUUGUGUCACUGGAACAUGCGUUGUGAUAGGCUUCUUAACUAGUACUUGUGUCUGUUCAGAUGGGCUAUCUGGGCAAAAUUGUGAGAGAGGUAAGCUUCUUGUGGCAUUAAUUGAAAUGGAUAUUUAGUAAUAUUGCAUCAAGCUGAAAAUGAUACGAAGAAUUACACACAUCGACUGACGCUGUGGUUAUAAGAAACUAAACUGCAUAAUUCUUCAUAUCAUACAAAAGCCUUGGUUAAUUCAUUAAUUAUUUCACUAUAUAUUCAAGUUCAUAACAUUAUUGCUCUUGUUGAGGCCUCAAAUGUAAUAAAUGACCCUAAAUGUAAUAAAGGUCCUAAGUGUAAUAACUUUUGGCUCUAAAUGUAAUAAAGGUCCUAAGUGUAAUUCUUUCAGCUUUUUAUAUGCUUAGGAUCAUAAGACGAUUUCACAGCGUUUGCUUUUAGCCUUAUUACAGGUUAACUGAGCGCCAGAAUGUGUCUAGGGAAUAUCAAACACUAAAUACCCCAGGCAGAUCCCCUAUAUAGCCAUUUGAGUAACAACUUAUUAUUCAGUUUUUGAUAUCAUUAUCAAUGUUAUUUUUAUUGUCAUUAUUAACUGAAAAGAGUGUUUAAUCGAAGUGAAAUGUAAAUAGUCCUUUGACCGAAUAGUGAUUAAUUGUAAAUAGGUUUAAUAGUUAGCAUUGUUAUCAAUAAUACUACUUUAACGGCAACUUGAAAACAGAGGUCAUGAUAUGAAGCAAAUUUUUUUAAGAACUCUUUAUUGUCAAAAAAGGACUGACGUAUCUUAAAACUGUAACAAAACAGAAGAGCCUCGUUUAUUAUAGCAAAUUUUCUAAAGAAACUGUAACUUCAUCCAUUGGAUUGGACUAAAAAAAUCUGUUUCAUAGGCAAAGGCCAAAAAUGUCAAAAUUGCAGCCUGUAGUGCCACCAUGAUUUCUCAUCUGAGUCAAUAAUACAACAUCAGCUAAACUGUUUUCACUUUGUCUGUUAACAAAUAGGUGCAAGUAAGUGUACUUUAAUUGCUCCCUCGUCCUUUCCACCAUACAUUGGUAACAUAAAACCAAGUUCCAACCCCAGCAAACAACAGCUCAACCCACGCCUUUAUCCAUCUGGGGCUGGCUAUUAUCUCUCUGUAUUAUCUCUGUAUGGGCCAAAUUCUUUGCACAACUUGCGCAAGCUGAAACAGCCACUUCGCGCAGUGUCGCGAUUGUUGUAGCUUAUUCGUGGUAGCCGACAAAUAUAACGCAUUGUGAGUUCUUUAAAGGGUUCACCAAGCUGGCAAAGGGAAUUAUAGGUGAUAAUGGGCGCUUUCCAUUUAGUCACAAUUUCCGGAAUUUUCGGUUCGGCGGUAAAUGGAACACGUUUCGUCGGUUCGUCCCACUGGAAAAUUCCCAGAAAAAGUGGAAAAUCUAAAAAGGUGGGCCCUUUUUCCCGGUUGGAAUUUCCGAACGGAAUGUCGUGUUCCAUUUCCGUUUCUCGUAGUUUGUACCAGUUCCAGGUUCACCGUCGGGCACCGCGAAGUACCGGGGUUUACGACCAAAUGGAACAGCUUUUUACCAAUCGGAAAUUCCACUUUUGCUCCCACCGAGAUUUUCGGGUUUUUUUCCUAAAUGGAAAGCGCCCAAUAAUACUUAUGUCAGUUCCAGUUAACGCGAAGUCUAUUAUUUUUGUCGAGUAUUUCAUUUGGAAGUUGACUGGUUGGACCACCAUUAUCAUCACAAUCACAAUCAUCAUUUUGUUCUUCUUCCUCUUCUUCUUCUUCUUCUUCUUCUUAGCUCUAAAAAAAGAUUUUGGGUCUUCAAAGUAGAGUUCCUUAUAUACUCGCUAGAAAAACAGGAAAGCCAGCUGUUAUUUGAAAAUGUCAUUUCAUUCAUGUGGUGAGAUCCUGGACAAAAGUUAGCAUAAAAAUUCACUUCAAAGAAGUACUCCUGGUAGAAAUUAAAAUCAAAGUCGGAAGUCAGAAAAACUAUAAAGAUAUCCUGCCCUUAACAUCUUGCUGUUUACAUAUAACUUCGUGUUCACAGCUUUCUGUAUGGACCGACCGACAUACUCUUUUGGAAAAUGGUUAAAAAAAAGCAUUUCUUUUUUGGCGCAACAUUAAGAAACCCCAUAGGCAAAAGUAGUCAAUUUACCACGAUUGUUUCUAAUGAACAUUAAUACUUCCUUCAAUUACUAAAUUACAACUGUAUUUUGAAAACUUUUGUGUAGAUUCCAUUUGGUUAUAAUUCGCGUUUCACAAUGUAGGGAUGUAGUAGGAGACACGAUCGAGAAACACUUAAAAGUGUUUCUCCUACUUCUUGAGCGCUCUAGCCGCUUUCUAAGUUAAUGAAUCUCUAUGAAGGCUACAAUAGGGCGAAGAAAGUGAAUCGCCAGCUGGCUAUAACAUUAAUAUCGUCGCAUGUUUCAGUCAGGGACUUUAUCAAGCUUGGGGCUGUUAUACUACAUACAUGUAUACUGUAAGACUUCCAUUAUAUUUAAGCCUAAAACCUAUUACACAUAUAAUUAGACCCUUUAUUACAUUUAGGGCCAAAAGUUAUUACACUUAGGACCUUUAUUACAUUUAGGGUCAUUUAUUACAUUUGAGGCCUCAACACUCUUAGGCAGAAUUUCGUCAAACUAUUUGGAAGUUCCUCAGAAAUCGGUUCAGAAUAUGAACUGAACCGCGGCGUGGUUAGCUCAGUUGGAAGAGUGCUGGUUUGCCGAGCGGAAGGUCGCGGAUUAUAACCCCGGACGGAUCAACACUCAGGGUCUAUAAAUAUCUGAGGAGAAAGUGCUGUCUUUGCAAUGAUAACUGCAAACGGUUAGACUUUCUAGUCUUUUCGGAUAAGGACGAAAAACCGUAGGUCCCGUCUCACAGCACUUUCACUCAUCUGGUUCUGUGGGACGUAAAAGAACUCACACCACUGUUCGAAAAGAGUAGGGGACGGAGACCCCGGUGGUGUGGCCAACCUUUCCUGGGCUGGUUGGGUCAUUUGUAAGGACACACAUAAAUUGGAGCCCUGCUCUGUUGUGUGUUAUGCACCAGAUGGUGGAAGUGAUUAAAUGAUGCAAACAUUUUAAAAGCUGUUGACAUCCCUCAAGAGGCAUUCUUGCCCCCUUUUUGAAUGGGUCUGUAAUUAAAUGGCAAUAUUUGUAUAACCCGCCAUGGAACAUUCUAUUGUUAAUUUUUUACACAGCUCGGGUAUCUUCUGAGGAAAUCCACGCCAAUCUUUCAGGGAAUGUUAGUGGAAGCUAUGAAAUAGGUGCUUUUUCUCAGACGUUUACGGUAAGCUACUAAAAAUAGCCACCGUACGAUGAAGAGAUAACUUUAAAGAUGCAAUAGAUGUUCUCAGGCCCGUGGGAACGAAUCUGAAAGUAAGAGGGCACGAAAAAUAUUAGCCCUAACAACAUAUCUUUUAAAAUCGAAAGGGGAAUUGCCUUGUGUUAUUAACCCAGUAUUUUCGACGCCAUAGUGGUAGUCUUCUUUUUAAAAAAAAUUCGCCCAAAAAGUGGGGAGACACGGGCCUACCCGGGCCCCCUACUCCUACGGGCCUGGAUCUUUUGAGGCUCCGCACAGUUUUAGCUAUGACCAACUUAGCGAAAUUUUUCGCAGCGUUUUUCGCUUUGAGGGGAAACUAGAUGAAAUUUGGAUUCUGUCUUUAGUUUAAACAGUGUGACGUCAUAAUGACGUCAAAUUACGUCAUUGUGUCAAUAGUGUUAUCCCUAGAUUUUGAAAAGUGCGUCAUGAACUGUUUUGAAGUUAUAGAGAAUGGGGGCUCCGAAGGCCCCCCCGGUCGCAGGAAGCAAAAAAGCCCGUGUGAAUACGGUUAAUACACGAAGCGAAACUUUGAUUAAGAAAAUGACCUACUUGUUUAUUGACUAGUUUAUAUAUGCACUCUUCUACUUUUGGUUAAGGAUUUCUUAAAUUCAGCCGAUCGAGUCGUUAUAGUUUUCGUAGGUAGAAACAUAUUAGUUUGGAUCAUUGAUGGUGUUAAUUGAUAUUGAAGCAUAAGUUUAUUUCUGGUCGCCUAAUCGUCGAGAGUUCUCUAAAAGUUUUUGUUAGUUUAACAUACUGAACAACAGCCAAAGAGCAGAGCGUCCUUUUGGACUUAUUCUUGAUCGAAGAAGAGAAAGGUAGGCUGUGCCUGAAUCGCAUCAAGCCUUUGAAGUUUCUGUACUAGUCAAACUUGUUUCUGUCAGUCAAAGUGUUUAAGCGCGAGAACCCGUUUACUGAUAAACCGAUGGCCAUAACUGAGCCCGCUGUACCGAGUGCACGACUAUUAGGCCUGGGCUCGAAACUGUAUCUUAGCAACAUGAGGCGCAUGCUCAAUAAAGAGAACAAAGAUCUUAUUUGAUUCAUGCAGAGUCUUUCUCGAGUGCGCCAAAAUCAAGCAAGUGAAAGGAAGGUUCUGCUUUCAGAACAACAACAAAAAUGCUUUUCUUUAUUUUUGUCUCGACUAACAGAUUUUUUAUGACAACGGUACGUCCCACAACACAAAUGGCUCUGAUACCGGAUGGAUCUUAAUCGCUCGGUUCUCGAACGCUGACUCUAAAAAUUGGAUGUUGGUGUCUGGCGCUUGGUGGUAUGACGUAAAUUCCACUAUUGGAAACAACAUAGACCCGGCGGAAAACAGUGAUAUGAUUUCACCUGCAUUCUGGUUGAUCAGCGGAAGGAACUUCAAGAUCACGCGUAGUGACGACCCUGAACACACCGCGUUGCUGCAAACCACAGAUGAAUGCCUUGAGGGAAAGUCAUUUAGGCAUAAAAUGUUUAGCUAUGGCGACUUUCGAAAUGGAAAGCCCUGGUUCGCAAAUAGAUGUCUUGGAAACUGCAGGGUAGAGUACGGAGGUCAAUACCAAUCAACUCAAGGUUUUAUGCAGCAUAACUGUACGGGAGGCUUUCAAAACCCUGAUAUGAUUGGCUUCUGGUGUGAUUGGUACGGUGAUGGAUCCGUGAUGAUGAUUGGUGGAGGAGGCAAUGGCUGUUUACGUGCAGAUCACGGGAUCGGAGUAACGGAAAUAGACGACGCUAGAUUUAGCUACGGCUCUAGCUAUGAUGACUUCGGAAAUUAUCCCGGUGGAGUUAAAGAUAAACAAUACUCGUUGAACCUGUGGAUAAAUUAA